UGUUGCUGGCCGUGGCCGUGUGUCAGUCAGUCGAGUGGGCGCCGCUGUCUGGUGCGCUUCGCUCUGCCGCUGUCAGCCUGCCCACCACAGCUGCGAGGCCGCGCUUGGCGAUCGCACCUGCGAGCGCGAGCGAACCGGGCUGUCAUUCGCCGCAGUUGCUUACAAAACAGUGCGACUCUUCACCGCACUGGGCACGGCGCGGACGCCCGCCCCAACCCGGUGCAUACCCUGCACCCCGUGCCCGUGGUGCUCAUCUCAGCCUCCCGUCCGAAGCAGACCGUGUCCUGAGCCCCCUCACCUCACAGGCUCCGUGUUAUGUAACGUGAUCUGUCCAGCUCGCUGAGGCGCUAAAACGGAUACGCCAUUGUAUCUACUCCCAACCGCAGGAAAGAGCGUAGCAGCUGAUCAUGGCCUUGGCUGGCUUGUGGCGGGCGAUGACCCGCCGGAAGGUGGUGGACUUGGCGCCGUCCUCGCCGACGCCGUCCACGUCGGCCGAGACAGCCUCGUCCUCGUCGUCGGCCCCGUCGUCGUCGGGGGCCCCGCUGGCCCGCGUCCUCAACACGUACGACCUGACGGCCUUGGGCGUCGGCUCGACCCUGGGCGUGGGCGUCUAUGUACUGGCUGGGUCGGUGGCCAGGGAGGCUGCCGGCCCCGCCGUGGUCAUCUCCUUCGCCGUGGCCGCCAUCGCGUCCAUCUUCGCGGGUCUGUGCUACGCUGAGUUCGGCUCCCGCGUCCCUCUGGCCGGCUCCGCCUACAUCUACAGCUAUGUCAGCAUUGGGGAGUUCAUGGCGUUCAUCAUUGGCUGGAACCUCAUCAUGGAGUACGUGAUUGGUUGUGCGAGUGUUGCUCGCGGCCUCAGCAACUAUCUGGAUCAAUUGUUCGGCAACGUGAUGCAGACGAGCUUCCAAAGUGUUGUACACCUUCACGUUUCAUUCCUCUCUCCCUAUAUUGACUUUUUCUCAUUUAUAAUAUCGUUCCUCUUGUCGGUUGUUCUAGCUUUCGGUGUGAAGGAGUCAAUGUCUCUAAAUAAUCUAUUCACAGCCGUUAAUAUGGCUGUGGUUUUGUUUGUGAUAGUUGCUGGAGCAUUCAAUGCGGACAUAGCAAACUGGCAAAUAGAUCCAGCAAAAGUUGCCCCCGAUGUAGUGGCAGAUCACAAACUAGGGAAAGGAGGGUUUUUACCGUUUGGAGUUAUGGGAGUUUUACGAGGAGCUGCUACAUGCUUUUAUGGUUUUAUUGGCUUUGACUGUAUUGCUACCACAGGAGAAGAAGUGAAGAAUCCAAAGAGAGCUAUUCCGAUUUCAAUUAUAGUCUCCCUUAUCAUUAUAUUCUUAGCCUACUUUGGUGUUUCUGCAGUGCUCACGCUCAUGUGGCCAUACUAUCUUCAGGACCCAGAUGCUCCUCUUCCUUUUGUGUUCCAAGAAAUUGGGUGGCCAUUUGCUCAGUGGACUGUUGCCAUUGGAGGAAUUUUUGGUUUAUUUGCAAGUUUGUUUGGAGCAAUGUAUCCACUUCCUCGAGUCAUAUAUGCCAUGGCAAAUGACGGUCUUAUUUUCAAAUUUUUGGGAGAAGUUCAUCCAAAGUACAAGACUCCUCUUGUUGGAACUCUUUUGGCGGGCUUAAUAACAGGUAUCAUGGCAGCAUUAUUUAAACUGCAGCAACUAGUGGCAAUGUUGUCUUUUGGCACUCUUGUUGCCUACACAAUUGUUGCUGCAUGUGUCCUUCUCUUAAGGUACAAAUACUCAGUUUCUGAAACUGAUGAUAAACCCGAAGAAGCAGUUUCUCUUCUGAAUGAUUCAGAUGACAUAUACAGGUGCUAUGAGUCUGAUGAAAUCGCUGUAACUGACUACAAGGAAACUACAAAUCUGGUUUCUCUUAAAGAGAGGCCCACUAUUUCAAAACUCUUUGCUCAAGUGUUCAAUUCUCAAGGCCUAAAAAGUCCAACUGCAGUCAGUAGUCGACUUGUCAGCAUUUUGGUUGUUCUUUACUGUGGACUCUCUGUUGCCCUAGGACUAUGUUUGGUGCACAUGGAAUAUGGGCUGAUGUAUGGGGAAUGGCUCCCACUGUCUCUAGUUUGUGUGCUAAGUUCGCUCCUCCUGAUUGUUGUACUGUCAAUGGCUCUUCAGCCCAGUUCUAACAUGGAACUUCCUUUCAAGGUUCCUUUUGUUCCAGUCAUACCUGCUCUUAGUAUUCUUCUGAACAUUUACCUCAUUCUGAUGUCAGAUGCUCAGACCUGUAUCAGAUUCGGUAUCUGGAUGGCAAUUGGUGUACCUGUGGGACUUUUCUUCAUUGCACCUGUGAUACUCUACUUCAUUUCACUUGCAUGCCGCUCCUUCUUGAACUGCUGUGGUUCACCUCCAGCCUCCUUUGCACGGCCUCAGGCACCUCUCACCUUAGGAAUGCCAUCAGUACUCGAAAUUAACAAAGUGUCUCCAUUGAACGGAACUGUUAAGGGAAAUGGAGGUAUAGAAAAUUUAUGUUUUGGGAAGGAAAUGGCACAGAGUACAGAAUCGUUAAUGGUUGAAAAAUGUUCCAUUGAGGUGAAAGUUCAGUGUGCCACACCAAUCCCAACAGAUAGCAGUAGUGAAGACAUUAAUUUUUCAGUUGUGCAACCAGUAGAAAUAGCUAUCAAUACAAAUAGUGGCAUUAAUGUAUGCUCUAAUGAUUCACCUGUGAGUGACUGCCUUGAAAGUUCAAAGUUGGAUGAUGUCAGUCUAGAUCAUGCAGACUUCUUUUCUGAUUCUGAUGGUGAUACCUCAAUUACUGAAGUUGCAAAUGAUUUGCUGUCAAUUAUAGAACAGAAUGAAAUUAAGAUUCAAGGUGACUUAAGUCAAAGUAAUGAAGCUAAGGGUUUGGAUUAUAGCAUGCAAUCAAUUGAGGCAGCACUUGUAUCCAGUCCUGGUAUAUCUUUAGAAACUCAUAAUGUCGUAUCUGAGCUAUGCAAUGAUCAAAAGUCCAAUUUUGAAGAUCAUGAUGAGGAUGUUAGAAGUUUAUAUCCAGAUGUUGUUGUUAUAUCAUCUUCUGAAGAAGACAUUCAAUCACGAAAAAGUAGUAUUACAAACAGUGAUGUGCUAAAGGACAGUAUUGCCCCAGAUCCUAUUCAUAAAACAAAUAUUUCACGUGCAAAUGAUGGAACGUUUGAUACUAAUCCAUCUCAACGCUCUUGUCAAGAUCCUACUAAUUCAUUCCUUAUUGACAUAGGUGAAACAGAGAGCGAACCUACUGAAAAAACAUCCGUGAAAUUUGGCCUGUGUGAAUCAGAAAGCAUUCCUGUUAUUAAACGAAAAGAAAGCUCUGGUGUAGAAUGUGAGGCAACAUAUCCCUUAAAAAAUCCAAACUUUGUUAAAUCUCUUGAAAAAAUUAUCGGGGCGCAAACAGUAAAAAUUAAGUCGAGAUCUCACCCUCCACUCCUUAAAACAAUGUCCAUGACUUCUAUAGCUUCAUCACCAGAACGACAGUCAACUUCUAUUGCACCCAAUGUUCUAUCAAAACUGGAAAGUACUAAGUCCCUUAAAGAAAUAGAAUUUGAACAACCGGAUGAAGUCAGUCCAGUUAAGUCUGCUGAUAAUUCUGAUAACUCCUCUAAUGAAGAUGACAGCACUCCCAUUGGAGACAUUAAAGCAAAGUUGGAAAUGAUUCUAUCUAGUAAUAUUAGCUGCGGUGUUGUUGGCUCUCCUAUUUCAAAAUCAAGUCCAAAGGAAUUCAGUCAACCCUUGCAUGGUGAUGGGUCAAGUAGUGAUGUUUCUGGUAAUGAAGUUGCAGAGAACCAUUCCACUGAAAUUUUGCAUUCAGAAGAAGUUGAAGAAACUAGGAGGCGUAUGCGUAGUGUAUUAGGAACAUUAAAACUUAAGAGUCAAAGUACAGAUCCCAUUCAAAAUGCAGAUUCCAACAUUAAUCUGCAAUCCCCACAUUCUGAAGAAAUGGAUGAGACAAGGAAACGCAUGCUGAAUGUGUUAGGGACAUUAAAACUACGUAGCCAAAAUCAGCAAACGUCUCCUUAGCUGGUUGGGUACUUUCCAUAUGUUGGCAUGGCAAUGGUUAUAACAUGGUUAUGGGUAGUGUAAAAUUGCAUGUUAAAGGGAGAAUUGGUGAAUGUGUUUAACUACUACUUUGUAAAUUUUGUACUGGUACUGUUGUACACUGUAGCUUCAGUGUUUCAUUAGUCUUUUCUUUACUCUCUUCAGGACUGAGUAUUUACUUCUUCUAUGGUCUGAAGAACAGUAGUGAAAAUAAGAGCUCCAGAUCUGCCUACACAACUGUUGCAAAACCUGAGGGAGACAAAAAGAAAAAUUACAAUUAAAUUGUUAUUUAUUACCAUAAAGAUAUAACAAAUUAUUGUGAUUCUAGAAGCUGUACCUUUUUGAAAAUUACUUGCCUAGCCUAUCAUGCAUUAACUUAUGUGGUUUCUUUCAUCUAGUCCUUGACUCUGUCAAGAGGAAGACCGCUUAUUUUAUUAUUUGUCAAAAUUAGUGACAUGAUACAACUUAAAUUCUGUCUGUAAUCAACUAAAUGUCUAAACCUGGGGUUUACUGUUUUGUUAUGAAGACUGUUCAAUUUUAUUCUUACCGACUUGCCAUGUAAUAACUUUCUUAAACAAUUUGUGUUCAUUACUCCCAAAGUUGAGCAUUGUUUCCAUUAAAAAUGGAAAUGACUCUUAUUAUAAAAUUGCUAAACAGUACUGUGUAUUGUUAUACAUACAUGUUACACAUAUUGUGUACCGAGUUCCACAAUGGAGUUCUGUUUUUAUUUUAUAUAAAUGUUUUAAUUUAUGUGCAACUACAAUUAGGAUGUGGACUCAUUUCUUAAUAAAUCUGUGAUUGUAGAAUGCCUGCUGUGUACAGAAACACAUAAAUUGCAAGCAGAUAUCUGUGAUAUGUUAAAAGUAUUGUUGCUAUAAUUAUGUUAAAAUACCAAUAGAAAAUAUUUUUUUUUAAUACAAGUUAAGAUAAAAUUUUAA